CUUUCACUGCUCUCUGCUGCUUCUUCUCUGAAGGAAAAGCAUUUGAUCAUCUUAUAUUCCAAUUUUCCAAAACAGUUGAAGGAGGGAUGAGCAGAAGUAUGAGCACAACAAAAGAAUCAGUGCUUGAUUUGCUGCCCAAGUUCAGAUUCCAUCCCUCUGAGGAGGAAAUGGUGAACCUUUUGAAGAAUAAGGUGGAGGGCCAGGACUCCCAAGCCAUCCCUGAUGAAAUCGUUGACAAGCCUCGGGAUUUACCUGAUAAUGAAUCUAUCCAACUUUUUUGUCGCUUCUUGAAGAGGAUGAUGCAGGGCAAGGCCUCCCAAUCCAUCCCAGAAAUCGAUGUCUACAAGUACGAGCCUUGGGAUUUAGCUGAGCUCAUGUUCCCAGACUCUCCAUAUCAACCCAGGGCCUGGUUCUCCUUCAGUCGACCUGAUUACAAAUCUGCCAACAGUCCUCGCUGCAACAGGGCCACAGGGAAGGGCUUCUGGAAAAUCACAGGCAAGCCACGACAAGCCAAGUCUCGACAACUCCCCAAAUCGGUCACUUGCAAAAAGAGGACCUUGACCUUCCAUGAAGGUCGUGUGUCUAAGUCCAGGAACACCGGCUGCGUCAGGCAGGAGUACUAUCUCACUCCAACUGACCCAGGUUCUAAUCCCAAUCAGCUGAGUGGCUUUGUUCUCAGCCGCAUGAAGAAUAAGUCAACUGACAAUGAGUCUGAUAAUAAGAAGCAUCAGGAUGUUUCAGUCUGUGUUGAAUCAGCUGAUCCUGGUAUUUCUGGCUGCAUGGCCUCUAAUUCUGAGCUUGAUCAAGCUGCUGGAAUUCAUCUGAUUUCGGAUGCAGAAGAACAUCUGACAUACAAAGAGCUAGAACAUGUUCUCCUUGGAAGUGGCAAUCAGAACGAUGGUGAACCUGGUGGCUUUGUUUCAUCUGAUUUUGAUGAUAUGAUUCAAGAGCUAUGUGCUAAGGGUGGAGAAUAUCUGGAUUUACCUUCUCCUCCUCCUGAGCUGCCUCGCCAACGCCAGCCACCUCAGCUGGGAAAUGUUCCUGUUACUGGUGAUUACAUCGGCUCUAAUUCUAAUAACCAAGCUGCUGCUAUCAAUCAUAUGAUUCCAGACCCAGAAGAACUUCUGGCCUACAAAGAGCUAGAACGUGUUCUUGGCAGUUGCAAUCCUGAUGAUGGUGAACCUGGUGGCUGUGUUUCAUCUAAUAUGCUUCAAAAGGUUUAUUCUCAAGCAGAAGAAAAUCUGGAAUCGUUCUUUCGUCAAUUUGAGCCAGAGGAUUACAUAUUGCCUAUUGUACCUAGAACUGGGAGAUUUCUGCAUGCCAAUAACUAUAUUGGAUGCAAUGAGUUGCAGUCUGCAGCUCUUUUCCCACAAAGUUCUUGAAUAACAGAAACAUCAUAAACUCUUUUCAAUGACUACAACCUACCAAAAUCAUUGGGAAGGGUUUAUGAUGGAAAUGGUGGAGUACCACAGUGACGCAAACACUGAAGUACUCCAUGGAAAGAUUAUCUGUAUUAGCUAUUGGAGAAAAACACAACAUUUUAUUUAUAGGAGAAUAUCAAAGGGGACUUAUAAACCACAAAAGUCCUUGUAAGAAUGUGUCUCCAACUCACAUUAUUACAGACAGUGAUAUUCUCCUACAAAUAAUUCAACUGUAUUGAGUAAAAACUCACAGUUGUCUACAUUUCUGGAACUGGAGGCUUUGGAAACUUGUUCGUAGUUUUGGACAUUUAUGUCCAGGACAAACGACACAAGUUACUAGUCUGUCACACACGGCAAGGGUUAUGUCCAAGAUCUUUGAUUUGGCCUGGGUGUGCAUCCAUACCUCGUUGUAUGACUAGGUAUCCCAGGAAUCUGUCGGACGAUACACCGAAUGCCAUACUGGUGAUACUAGCAGAGCAGGCUGAAUGCUUCAAUGAGGUUCAUGAUGUGGUCCGCACACUCAGGGGCUUUGACUAGCAUGUCUUCCAUGUAAACUUCCGUGGUUUUGCCGAUCUACUCUUUGAAAAUUUUAUUCACGAGCCUUUGGUAGGUUGCUCUGGCGUUCUUCAGCCCAAAGGGCAUGACCUUGUAACAGUAGGUUCCCCUCUCGAUGAUGAAAGAAGUCUUCACCUCGUCAUCCUCGUGCAUUAGGAUUUGACAAUAGCCAGAAUAGGCGUCCAUGAAGCUAAGCAGCUGAUUGCCGGAAGUUGAAUCCACGAGCUGAUCGAUUCUCGGAAAUGGGAAGUUGUCUUUAGGGCAUGCUUUGUUGAGGUCAGUGUAAUCGACACAAACUCUCCAUUGGCCAUUUUCUUGUUUUGCCACCAAAACAACGUUGGCUAGCCACUAUGAGUAGGAGACUUCUUCGAUGAAGCUAGUAGCUUGAAGCUUGUCGAUCUCGGCUUCAAUGAUUGCGACUCGCUCGGAAGCGAAGUUGAGUCUCUUCUGUGCCACCGGCUUGUUGGCGAGGUUGACAUGGAGCCGAUGGCAGAUGAUGUUAGAGUUAAUGCCAGGCAUGUCAGAUGGUGACCAUGUGAACAUGUCUUUGUUAUUCUAGAGGAAGGUUGUGUGCUCCACCUUUUUGUCUGGGCUCAGGCGCGGGGGGUACUAACUCAACAUCUUCCUCAAGCUUCCAAGCUUCUUCAAGGGAGCCUUCCAGGCAGAUUCCUUCAUCUCGAUCCUUCUCGUUUGGGUUGUAGCGCAGGCUUCCAACCCUUUUCAGGAGAGUCUUUAGGGUAGAUUCCCUCGCCUUGAUCCUGGCUCCUUAAUUGUUAUUGUGAGGUAGCAACUCCCUUCCCGUUCGGGCUUGCUUGUAUGCUGGGAGCUCAUCCUACCACGUCAACAGCCUACAUUACUGGUGUGAAAUGCAACUGCUUGCUUGUCUUGAGCCCUUGGGUUGUGCAUCUUCUAGCCAUGGCUUGGUCACUAUUAAUCUGUCCGAUCUCGCCCCCAAGGAUGGGGUAGCCGAUCUUCUGGUGUAUUGCAGAUGUGAAUGCUUCGAUCUUGCUGAUCCAUGGUCGGCCCAAAAUUCCUUUGUAGGGCAGAUCUUGUGGAUGACCAUAAAGGUGGAGCUCACCACCUAGGGUCAGUGGAUGUCAAGGUCAAUCGUUCCCACCGUGAUCAAUGUGGCCCCAUUGAAGUCGGUGAGCGACUUGGCAAGUCUGUUGAUCUUGGGUUCUAAUCCUAUCUGUUGGAUAAUAGAUAGUUGUAGGAUGUUGGCUGCACUAUCCUCGUCCACGUGAACUCGCUCGAUCACAGCUUGUUCAAUUUGGAUGAGAUGACUAGGGCGUCAUUAUGUGGCAAAUCAAGUUCGUCUUCUGAAAGUCGAUUACGAGGUGUCCUCAAUGGUUGGAUCACCAGUUAUGACUUAGGAGACGUAAUUCGCCUACUCGAUCUUUCUCUUUCGCUCCUUAGUGGUUAGCCCGGACUCCUGAGAGUCGGCUAGGAUGGUGAUGAUCCUUAUUAUUUUUUGGGGAGGUUCCUUGGCAGCUACAUCGCGAUCCUCGAGGUGCCUUUUCCAAGCAUUGCUGUUGUUAGUGUAAUGACCAUGCUCCCUGUGGAAUGCGCAAUAUUUACUGGUGUCCCUCCUAGCUGGGUCUCCCCUUAGAGGCGGCAGUCUCUUCACGCACGGCUUGUUUUUCACUUGUGCCAGGAUUUGGUGGAUCGGGAUAGUAAAUUCAGUGAAGGUUUUUGUUUCGGAGACUCCCUCUUGGGGUUGCGACUUGCGCUUGUCCUGAAUUUUGUGUUCGAACUUGUUGCUCCUUUAGCUUGCUUGCCGUUAUUAAAAUGAUGAUGUGGCAGGGGUAUAUUGGUCAAUCUAACUGAGAUAGGAUUUUUCCCACCAAUCUGAGGUUGUGACGUGUACUUGUGGAUCCCACCCCUAACAUCUAAUAUAGCCAAAACGAUCGAAUUGAUCUGACCUGCCUGGCGAACCAAAAAACCCCAGAUUGGCUUCCUUCUCCCAUAGAAGAAGAUAAAACUCUAGAAAUUAAAGGUUGGGUUUCCACGAAAAUUGAAGAUGAAGCCUGAAAUAAUUGACGAAGGGGAAGAGUUGGAUGUGGCGGUAGCGCGUUGCUUUUGUGGGAAGAUAGCUCGCUUACAAACUUCAUGGACUGAGGUGAAUCCACUUCGAAGAUUCCAUGUUUGUCCAAACUCAUCAGGGGUAAGUUAUGUUGCUGAAAGUUUGUUAAUUUGGUUAAAUUUGUUUUUAAAAUUGCUAUUAAUGGUUGAUGUAGAGGAGGAAAAAAGGAUGUGGGUUUUUUGUUUAGGUUGAUGUUGAAUUUCCACCUAGUGAGAAGGCUCUAGUGAGUUGGCUACUCAGAAGAUUGAAGGAACUUGAAAAGGACGUUGGGCAUCGUCAAUCAAGAGAAAGAAAGUUAAUGGUUUGGCUUAUUCUUUCCUGGGGUUUAGUAAUGUUGUUGUUGUUUUGGCAAUUUCUGUAACAGUUGCCACAAAAUGUGGCCAUUGCACUGGAGGAAUUAGGCAGAUUUUAGAAGUCUGUAUUUUGCAACUGUAUGUAAAAUAUCAUGUAUUGGUACGUAUGUAAUGAUGGAGGAACAUGGUUUGAUUUUGCAACUGGAUGUAACAAUGUAUUAGUACUUAUCUAAUGAA